AAGGAACACUACCCUCCACCUUUAUAAAAAGCAGCGAUCAAUUCUAAAAUUUUCCCUCAAUCUCAACGCAAUUCAAGUUUUCGAAUUGAAGCUACGGUUUAACGAACCAGCGGGAAACAACAAUCCAAGAUCCACUGCCAAUCAAUGGACGGGCAUAAUUUGGAAGACUCAAAGCAAAGCACUGCUGAUAUGUCUGUUUUCGUGCAAAAUCUUCUUCAACAAAUGCAAUCCAGGUUUCAAACAAUGUCGGAGUCCAUCAUCACAAAGAUAGAUGAAAUGGGAGACCGUAUAAAUGAGCUGGAGCAGAGCAUCAAUGACCUAAAAGCAGAGAUGGGAAUGGAGGGCUCUCCAUCCCCUUUAGCCCCACCAAAGCAAAAGUCAGACGGAGCGAAUCAAGAGGAUGACUCUGCAUAAAACUUGGCCAAAGAUUGUAUUUAGCGGUUAAUUGUGAAUGUAAUUCGUUCUAAUUUGGUGAUAUCUUGUUUCGAGACUACUUUCGUGCAAGAGAGAGCAGGGACAUUACUAUGUGUCCCUGCUUUCCAGUUUUUUUACAUGUACCAAGUUUUUCUUCUGUGAACUGGGUUGUUUUGGCAAUUUAUAGGGGGAAUUUAAUGAAUUUGAAGUUUUUACCGUGCAA